UCCCGCUGAUGCAGCCUGGGGGGAGGGCCCCUGAGGCUGUGCGCCUUCAAUCGGACGGGGUUGGGGGCCCGCCAGCUGUAGAAUUGGGAGUUCAGGACCCUCCCAACCCAGGUGGCCAUCCGGACCCCCUACUCUCCUGGAACCCAGGAGGGGGUCCCUGGGUAUUGUUCCCACCUCCCGCCUGGGCCCAGGGUCACGAGUUCACGAGGUCCUUUCCUCAAGAAGGGUAUCCAGGGGUUCCCCUCCCCCAGGAUCCCAGGAAGGAGCCUAGCUAUUGUUCCCCCCUUCCAGUCUUGGAGCCUGGCGUUCUGGAAGCCCCUCCCCCAGAUCGUGUACCAGGGGUCCACCUGCUCCCCAUGAACUCAAGAAGAACCCCACUGAUUGCUCCUCCCACCUUCCAGUUAAGAAAUGGGAAUUCAGGAGGCCCCUCCCUCUGGAGGCAAUCUAAGGGCUUCUCUGCCCCUCAGGAACUCAGGAAAGGGGGGGACCCAGGUAUUGUUCCCCCACUGUCCAACUAGGGGAUCUGGGUCCAGGAGGCUGUGCAGGACCUCAGCUGUCUUUACUCCACCAUUCUCAGCUAUGGGGCUGUGGUUUACUAUGUCCCCCCAAAGGAACACACCUACUUAUUCUUUGCCUAGCACCCAGCCAUGGGGUGAGUAGCUCAGCAUCUCUGCAACAGGCAAUCUUAAGCUCCUUGUUCCUCCCCAGAAGGAGUACCAGCUAUUGUUUUUCAGCCGGUCUAUCUGUUCCCAAUCAUGAUACUGGAAUUCAGCUCAGUUCAGAAUCUUUCCUCCAAAAAGGAAAACAAGUGUGUUGACACCAUCCCGGUGCCCCAGGCAUGGGAGGAGAUAGUCUGGGGCUUUCACCUGUAACCCAGGAGGGUCCCCAGGUAUUAUUUUCACUUACCCUCCAGCUAGUGAUUAGAAUUCAGGAUCUUCUAGGUCUGGGGCAGUUUAGCACACACCUAUAGUCUCAGCUACUUGGGAGCUUGGGAGGCAGAGGCAGGAAGAUCACUUGACCUCAGGAAUCCAAAACCAGUCUGGGUAGGAUAGUGAGACCCCAUCUCAGAAGAAAACAAAACAAAACAACAACAACAACAAAGAAUUUGGGAUCUUCUAGCCAGUUGAGAAAACAGGUAUACCAACAACUGUCCCCACCCUCAUGACAUCCAGGAGUUUCCCUUUCUUCCCCUCCCAGCCAAGAAAGAAAGGUCUCAUUUAUCUUUCUUUCAUACUCUCUGGCUUUAGGAAGAGGCUUUCUGGAGUUAAGGAAUAACACAGAUGUUUUGACACUCCUACCCUGAGCUGUGAGGGCUGGAAUUUAGGUUGUGUUCUCAGGAGGCAAGCAGGGUCCUCCCAUCCUCCCCUGGUGACCUAGGAGGGGUGCCAGAUGUCAUUUGCCCCUGACUCCUAUCCCUCAGCCAUAGGGUCCGGCACUCAGGAUGCUACUACCUCUCUAGAAGGUGAAGCAGAGAUCCCCUCCCUACCAGCAACCCCCAACUAUGGGACAAGAGUUCAGGCCACGUGCUCAGAAACACAGGAACUCUGACAACUUAUCUAUCUUCUUCCCCCAUGAGGGGAUUCCUGCUGAGGGGGUCGGAACCUACGACUCUCUCCUCCACAGGACCCCACCUUCCCACAGAGGAGCCCAAGAUGGAGAGAGGGGCAGAGUCAUGGAGUUGGGCACUGGAGACCUCUAAUGCUGGGUCCUGUGACUACCAUCCAGAUCCUGCCCCAGAAGCGGGGGGCACUUCCACCCCUGGGAUGAGGCGCUCUGUUCUGGUCAGGAACCCAGGCCACAAAGGCCUGAGGGCCCUUUAUAAAGAGCCUGACUCUGACUCAGAGGACCUGGACCCCAAUCCUGAAGAUCUGGACCCAGUUUCUGAAGACCCAGGACCUAACUCAGAAGACCUCAAUACUGUCUCAGAAGUUGUGGACCCCAGCUAUGAAGAUCAGGGGCCAGUGUCAGAAGAUCUGGAUCCUGAUGCUGAAGCUCCAGGCGCUAUCUUGGGGAACCGCCAUUCUGAACUCCAAGAUCCAGACCCCAUGUCUUCAAGUUUCGACCUUGAUCCAGAUGUUAUCGGCCCUGUACCCUUGGUUCUCGACCCUAACAGCGACACCCUCAGCCCUGCUGCUCCAGACGCGGACCCCCUCGCGUCCGACCUCACUGCCAGCCCCCAGGUCUUGGCUACCAGCCCCGCGGUGCUGUCCGCCCCUGCCAGCCCGCCCCGGCCUUUCUCCUGCCCCGAUUGCGGGAGAGCCUUUCGCCGCAGCUCGGGGUUGAGCCAGCACCGCCGCACCCACAGCGGCGAGAAGCCCUACCGCUGCCCUGACUGCGGCAAGUCGUUCAGCCACGGCGCCACGCUUGCACAGCACCGAGGCAUCCACACUGGGGCCCGGCCGUACCAGUGCGCAGCGUGCGGCAAAGCCUUCGGCUGGCGCUCAACGCUGCUGAAGCACCGCAGCAGCCACAGCGGGGAGAAGCCACACCACUGCCCAGUGUGUGGCAAGGCCUUCGGGCACGGCUCGCUGCUGGCGCAGCACCUGCGCACCCACGGCGGCCCGCGGCCCCACAAGUGCCCUGUGUGCGCCAAGGGCUUUGGGCAGGGCUCAGCUCUUCUUAAGCACCUGCGCACGCACACGGGUGAGCGGCCCUACCCGUGCCCGCAGUGCGGAAAAGCCUUUGGGCAGAGCUCGGCGCUGCUGCAGCACCAGCGCACGCACACAGCAGAGCGCCCCUAUCGCUGUCCCCACUGUGGCAAGGCAUUCGGGCAGAGCUCCAACCUGCAGCACCACCUGCGAAUCCACACGGGCGAGCGGCCCUACGCCUGCCCACACUGCUCCAAGGCCUUUGGGCAGAGCUCAGCGCUGCUGCAGCACCUGCACGUGCAUUCGGGCGAGCGGCCCUACCGCUGCCAGCUCUGCGGCAAGGCCUUCGGCCAAGCCUCCAGCCUCACCAAGCACAAAAGGGUGCACGAGGGCGCAGCCGCCGCAGCCGCAGCCGCUGCAGCUGCCAGCCUAGGCCUCGUGCCUGACCUGAGCUCGGCAUCUGUGAUGAGACCGGGACAGGUCUCCCUUCUGGGUCCCGAGGCUGUCUCCAUGCUGGGCUCUGGCCUGGGCCUCAGCCCUGGCACCAGCUCUGGCAGUGGCCCUGACCCUGGCUCUGAGUUGGGCACUCUCCAGAAUCCCAGCCCCAAGCCCCUCUCUAGCUCCAAAUCCACCCUUAGCCCUAACCCCGUGGAAUCUUCUGACCCUAAGCCUAGGCACAAUGCUGAUCCUGACCUUGUGCCCAGGCCUGAUCAUAAAUUUGAUCCCAGUCUCAAACCUGAUCCCAUGCCCUGUCCUGACACCUGCUCCCCAACCCAUGACACUGUCAGCCCAGCCCUCCCUACUGGGGAGAGUCCUGAGUGGGUACAGGAGCAAGGGGCACUGCUGGGGCCUGAUGGCUGAAGGGAGCGCUGGCACCCAAGGGGGCCUGGGGAAGUUGUGUGUUGUGCAGUUAGUAAAAUCCUCUCACUGCUUCCCG